UCUGGUAAUAACUGUCAAGAGUCAAUGAACAAAAAAAAGCGAAAAACCAUUUGAUCUUGUGACCAGUUCUGCGUUGGUUGAUUGAAUAUUGUCGAAAAGAAUUUUUGGUAGAAAAUGUCUUCAAAAGAUCGAAUCCCAAUUUUUCCCUCUCGAGGAGCUCAGAUGCAAAUGAAGGCUCGUCUUGCAGGUGCCCAUAAAGGUCACGGGUUGCUCAAGAAAAAAGCUGAUGCCCUCCAGAUGAGAUUCCGUAUGAUACUGAGCAAAAUUAUUGAGACUAAAACGCUGAUGGGGGAAGUAAUGAAGGAAGCAGCAUUUUCCCUGGCGGAGGCAAAAUUUCUCUCCGGUGAUUUUAAUCAAGUGGUGUUGCAGAAUGUUACCAAAGCUCAAAUUAAAAUCCGAACAAAAAGAGAUAACGUAGCAGGUGUAACGUUACCAGUAUUUGAGUCCUACCAGGACGGCAGCGACACCUACGAAUUAACUGGUCUUGCAAAGGGUGGUCAGCAGAUGCAAAAGUUGAAGAAAAACUAUCAGAGUGCUGUUAAGCUACUAGUAGAGCUCGCUUCAUUGCAGACUUCUUUUGUGACUUUAGACGAAGUCAUCAAAAUAACAAACAGAAGAGUAAAUGCUAUUGAACAUGUUAUUAUUCCAAGAAUCGAUCGUACUCUGGCGUAUAUCAUUUCCGAAUUGGAUGAAUUGGAGAGAGAAGAGUUUUAUCGUUUAAAGAAAAUUCAGGAUAAAAAGCGUAUUGCCAAAAAGAAAGAAGAGGUUCGCAAGGCAGCAUUACUUGAAAAAGGUAUCGAUGUUCGGGCUCACGCAAAUCUUCUGGAUGAAGGCGACGAUGACAUACUGUUCUAAACAGAAAGGACAUUUACGUGUUAUAUUGUAUGUCGUAGAUCGCACGGAACUUUCGAUUGUGUAGAGUUCGUUCCGAAAACAACAGUAAACGGUUUUAAAAUAGCAAUGUGCUGUUUUGUAGAAUGCGGUGUAUAAUAUAAUAAUAUUCGUUUUAUUCUUUAUUUGAGUUUAUAUGAAUACAUUGCUAUCGUACAAUUAAAAUUAUAUAAGCUACAAUUACUUAGUUGUCUACCGUCAAACUAGAAAAGAAACAAAGUUUGUUUUUAAUUCAAAGGUUAAUUUUUGUUUGUGUAGAAUGUCACAUUUGUUAUUUUAUAAACGAUAAUGCAACAGGCGCAAUGUAUACAUAA